GUUAAAUUGAGACCUUAUUGUAGUGUUACCUGUUGUUCUUUAUAAUUCUUUUGCACUUUAAUCUGUUUGAAACAUUUUACUUUAUCAUUUUUGUGCAUUGCGUUAUUGUAUUUAAAUGUUCAGAGUUAUUUUUGUUAUAAGAAAGAGUUCUUAAACCUGUUAUACUAUAAAACCGCUGUUAUUGCAACUUAUUUCAGUAUUGUGAUAAUACCGUAUACCGUGAUAAAAGCAACAUGAAAAUUUGAUACCGUCACAUGUCUAUAAAAAGCUUAAUAUCUGACCUUCGAUCAUCCGUUUUUCUUCCUUGCUUGAUUUUAUGUCUACAGGUCAAAAUGAAUGAGUCUAUCACCAACUUCACUUUCUCGCCGACUCUGCUCUACGUCAACACGACUUUUAUGAAUGUCACCUCUUAUGAAAAUAACACAUUUGUGCAGUUCACCUAUGGUGUGUCCACCAUGUCCACACUUACGCAAGGUAAACUUACACAAACUACCUCUACUACUGCUACUACUACUACUACAACUACAGCUACAACAACAACAGCUGCACCCAACAUCCUAGCAUCCAUAAACCUGCCUUACAUGAUAGCCGAGCUUGUCAUAGCCUUGCUCUCCACAGUGGGCAACCUGCUGGUUUGUGUUGCGGUGGGACUAAAUAGAAAGCUCCAAACAGUUACUAAUUACUUCCUGGUGUCGCUAGCAGUGGCGGAUAUAUGCGUGGGUUCCCUGGCGAUCCCCUGCGCCAUUAUGACGGACCUGGGAAUUCCACGGCACAAUCUGUAUCUGUGUUUGCUAAUGUUAUCUGUGCUCAUCAUGUUAACCCAGAGUUCCAUCUUCAGCUUGCUGGCAGUCGCUGUGGAGCGUUACGUAGCCAUUUUCAUGCCCUUCCAGUACCACCGGCUCAUGACACCUCGCAACGCAGUGCUGGUCUUGUGCGUCACUUGGACACUGGCCUUCCUGAUCGGUCUGGUGCCGUUGAUGGGCUGGCACAAGCCUCCGCCUGAGACGGGCUACUGUUUCUUCGUGUUGGUGGUGGAUAUGACCUACAUGGUCUACUUCAACUUCUUCGCCUGCGUCCUGACCCCACUGGUGGUGAUGUUCCUCAUCUACGCGCAGAUCUUCGUCACGGUCAAACAUCAGAUGAGGAGGAUUGCAGCAGAGCGGGGUGGCGCAACCAACACAGAGGGAACGGCGAAGAUGAAGAAAGAGAUGAAAAUGGCCACGUCGCUCUUUCUGGUCCUCUUCCUUUUCACGGUCUGCUGGAUUCCACUACAUAUCAUAAACUGCUUCCUGCUGCUGUGCCCAUCAUGUCCCGUUCCCCUACCGCUGCUACUAACGGCCAUUAUUCUCUCCCAUGCAAACUCGGCUGUUAACCCUUUCCUCUACGCCUACAAGAUGAAAACCUUCAGAAAAGCCUUCAAGGCUAUCUUUCUAUGUGGCAGGGGCAUCAGUGAUGGUGAUGAGCAGCAUGAUGAUGGGGGACGCAACAACACACAAAGACCCUGAAUGCUAAACACUUAAUCUAGUCCUUAGGUAAAGACUGAAAAGAAUGUGUAAAACCAGACCUGUAUUUUGUAUGCAACACUCUUGUCCAUAUAUUUCUAAGAAACAUUCUAUAAUUUGAGAAAGAAAAUACUAUUUUUUACUUACGACAAGGGCUGCACGAUUUGGGGGGGAUCAAAAAAUUGAGAUUUUUCUGAUAAAAAUUGUGAUUGCGAUUUAAAAUGCCAUUUAAACAAAAAAAGCUCCAUAAUAUUAAAUAUUAGCAGGUGCGAUGGCACCUACUGUCGUUCUUACUAUUAUUCUUCUGUUUUUUUUCUUCUUCUUCUGCUCUGGAAGUCUAUGGCAGCCAAUAGAACCGCUUGCGGGAAAAUUAUGAAAUUUGGCACACUGAUAAAGGACAGUCCCAACAUUAACCACAGCUAAUUUGGAACAUCUAGCUCAAUCCCUCUAGCAGCACUUCCUGUCCAAAGUUUCACUCACAUUUAUGCUAAUAACUUUUGAAGCGUAGGGGCUAGCGCCCUAUGAUGUCAUUUUCCAUCAUGAAAAAUUUUCCGCCAUUUUGAAUUUUGCGAAAAACCUACUUUUUCGAACUCGUCCUAGACUGUUUGUCCAAUUUUCAUGAAAAUCGAAUCAGAUCAUCUACGGACCAUGCUGACAAAAAGUUAUCAAACGCUUUUUGAUAAACCCAACCAUUCUCGAAUAAUGCACAAAUGAAUUUGACGAAGAGCACACAAAAUUGGACAUGAGGCUAUA